AUGGAGCUGGGAGGGGCUGCGCGUAGGGAGGCUGGAGGAGGGGCCUUCUUCACGUGCACCAUCUGUGGCUGCAGAGGACCAGGUUCACAGAAUGUGAAGGCAGACACACUGUCCUGGCUGUAUGACACAGAGGAGCGGCCCAUGGAUCAGACUCCCAUUCUCCCGGCCACCUGCCUGAGUCAGACCGAGGCUCCUGAUUGGUGGACGAUUGGUUCAUGCGAGCGGAGGAGACAUGGGAAGCCGCCCAUGGUCACCUCCAGCAGGCCGCGCUGCGCCAAAAGACCAGCGCGGACCGUCACCGCAAUUGCUCUGUCUGCAGGGUCUCUAUCUAUCAGUGUGUUCCUGGUAUCUCUGGGGCUGACGGUGUGUGCCGUGUGGCUCGUAGCUCUGUGUGGAGUCUGCACCUGGUGUCAACGCAAACUGGGGAAGAGGAACAAGCCUGGUGUGGAAGCGGCCAGCACACCAGAUUCAGUUCAGAUCCAUGGCCGAGGGGAAAACAAAGCCAUGAAUGAUCUAGACAGGGACUUUUGGAAUAACAAUGACAGCAGCAACGUGCAGCAGAGAUGGAGCUCCUACCCGCCCAAGGAGUUCCUCUUAAACAUGUCCCCCUAUGCCCCGUACGGAGACCCUCGCCUCACGCCCAAUGGGGUGGAGAAGGGGGAUGGGGGUGGGGCUGGGUGUGGGAGCGGGGCAGGUCCCAGUCGCAGUGACAGCGUGAGAAGCAUAGUGACGGGGCUGGGCCCUGGCAGCAAGGCUGGGCGCUGGCAGACGGUCCAGAGCCACAUGCACGCCGGAGGCCUGAGGCCCAGAAAUUUUGGGGACCCCUCCCUCUCAGCCGCCUCUACCCUGGAGCACAUUCCAUCCUCUGCAGCAGCCCGUCCUCGUCCCCUGGUGCGACAGCAGAGUCUCCAGCAGCCUCUCAGCCACCAGCCCCCUCCGGGCCCCAAUGACCCCCCAGCCACCUCCCAGAGCCUGGGCCAGCUGCACACAGGGCCCGGGGGCGGGGGGCACCGGGGAGGCCCACGGGGGGUGCGGGGGAGUCCGGCGGGGACAGGUGCUUCCCGGUACAGAGGAGCAGGAGGAGGACGCUCCAGGUCCAACCCAGGCAGCUGGGACCACAUGAUGGGACAGAUCCGCAACAGAGGACUGGAUGUCAAGUCUUUCCUCGAGGGGAAGAUGGUUGUUCUGUCUCUAGCGAUCGGGCUGGCUGAACAAGAUGACUUCGCCAACCUCCCAGAUCUACAGGAAGCACCAGCGUGCCAAGAAAACUCAACUCCACCGGACAAAUCAAGGUGGAAGAGACGUUCACAAAUUCUCGAAGUGGUCCAGCGCCGCAUCUCCUUCUCCCCACACAGCGUUGACACACUCCAGAGCUUUCCCCGAGAGACACGAGAAGAGGGCGGACACCCUCUCACGGCCCGAGGGAGCCGGGUGAACGGUCGCCAGUCUGGGGACAUUAUCAGUCACAUUCAGAUCUGGACUCUGGAUAGUUCAGCCCUGACACAAGACCUUGCAGCCUCACCUGUGGUGGGAAGCCAUUUGAUGAGCUGCAGGAGCCUGGGUAAACCUGGGAGCCAGACCCCAGAUGAGGCAGGCCGCCUCGGGAACUCCUCCGUCACAGACCUGGCCAACUCUGUCACCACCAGCGACAUUCACAUGCUCUCUCCGGGCUCAGAAGAGGACACAGAAGGGCCUGUGGUUGAGAAGCUGGGCCGGAUUCAGUUCAGUGUGGGCUACAGCUUCCAGGACUCCACCCUGACCGUCAAGAUCCUCACGGGCCAGGAGCUCCCCGCCAAGGACUUCUCUGGCACCUCAGACCCCUUCGUCAAACUCUACCUGCUGCCUGACAAGAAGCACAAGCUGGAGACCAAGGUCAAGAGGAAGAACCUCAACCCUCGCUGGAACGAGACCUUCCUGUUUGAAGGAUUCCCCUAUGAGAAGGUGAUCCAGAGAACCCUCUAUAUGCAGGUGCUGGAUUACGAUCGUUUCAGCAGGAACGACCCCAUCGGGGAGGUGUCCAUCCCCCUUAACAAGGUGGACCUGGGCAACCAGCAGACCUACUGGAAGGAGCUGAAGCCCUGCAGCGACGGCAGCGGGAGUCGAGGAGACCUGCUGGUGUCACUGUGCUACAACCCUCAAGCCAACACCAUCACUGUGACCAUCAUCAAAGCCCGCAACCUCAAAGCCAUGGACAUCGGAGGCACCUCCGAUCCCUAUGUGAAGCUGUGGCUGAUGCACAAGGACAAGCGUGUGGAGAAGAAGAAGACGGUGACAAUGAAGUGCUGUCUGAACCCCGUGUUCAACGAGUCCUUCCCCUUCGACGUCCCCGCCCACGUGCUCCGAGAGACCACCAUCAUCAUCACCGUCAUGGACAAGGACAAGCUCAGUCGCAACGACGUCAUCGGCAAGAUCUAUCUCUCGUGGAAGAGUGGUCCGGCGGAGGUGAAGCACUGGAAGGACAUGAUGGGUAAACCUCGUAAUGCCGUGCAGCAGUGGCAUGCCCUCAAGGCCUGA